UUGAUUUCAACUUGACAUUUCAUGUUUUGGCUACAAUGUAGUGUACAAUCGAACAUUGAACUUUUUCAUUUUAAUUUUUACAUUUAUUUUUCACAUAACCGUAAUUAAUCUAUUUUUUUAACAAAAAUAAUAAUACAAAAGAAAAAUAAUUAAAAUCAAUUUAUUCUUUUAAAUAUGAGAAAAUCUAGUAAAAACCAAUUUAACUAUUAACUUUAAGAAAAAAGUGAUUAUUUCAAAUAAAAGCAAUAAAAAUCAUUUAAAAUGUUUUCAACGCACACAACAGAAGAAAUAAUAGAACUUGAAAAAGUUACUGUCCAAGGUCGUGAAACUUAUAGAAGCCAUACUACUGUUGAGUUUAGAAGUAAUACUGGACCCUAUGAAAAUGAAACAUUUGCUGGAGAAAAUAGCAAUCACGGGGAAGAAUCUGAAAAUAAUGAAGCAGGGGCUUCCGCUCCAUUUAAUACCAUUCGCAAUUCCUAUCAAUAUAAUACCAUUCGCUCAAGAAAAUCAACUCCAGCUGAAAUUGAGAAGCAAGCUAAUGUAGUUGUUUCUUGCUUGCAAAAAUCACAUUCUAUCAACAAUGACAGUUUAAUAUCUGAACAACAAAUUUUACAAAUAAUUAAGGCCCUACCUCAAAAUAUAUCUUUAAAGAGAUUAGUGAAAUCCAAGUUGAUAAAAUCGAUGUCAGAAAAGUCAAAACCUAUUGGAACUUUGAAAAAAUGGAAAUAUCAAGCAAGUAUGGCUUUUAUUAAGCUCAAUUUGGCUAUUCGUGAUAUGAUGUCAACUUUUGAACUUUGGUAUGGAAGUAUAAAAAUGAUCAAUGGCUAUUUUGGAAAUGGGAUUGGAACAUACUUCAAGUUUUUACGAUGGUUAUUUAUACUCAAUAUUUUUAAUUUCACCAUUAUUUUAUUGUUUGUAAUUAUACCGCAAUCGUUAUUGAAAAUGCAUGCCAAUCAAAGGUUUGAAGUAGAAGAUUUAUUGUUUGGAACGGGAGUACUGGAAAACAGCGUUAUGUUUUACGGCUUUUACACUAACAGCAGUUUAACGAUUUACUCAGAGAAGACUUACUCCAUGCCCUCAGCUUAUUUUUUAGCAUUUUCAUUUACGAACCUGUUUAUUUUCUUGUUACUUUUCUUCAAAGUCGCUCGAUCUUACAAAGAGACCUUCAUCGAGACAUCAGGUGGGGCUUACAACCGAUUCGCGAAGAAAAUAUUUUACGGAUGGGACUGGUCCAUAUCGUCGAAAGAAAUGGCCGAAUUACGCUCCGCCUCGAUUCGUCGAGAGCUUGCUGAAAUGCUAUGGGAAGCGAAGCACCCGAAGACCUCGGAAACCUAUCAAACCACGGCGAAGUCAUCCACAAGACCAUGGCCGCUGUCUCUGGCGAGCAAGAUCUGCACGUUUUUGGUGAGAGGCAUGAUGACUAGUCUCAUGGCUGCCCUCGUGUGUGGCUCGGCUGGACUCUUAUGGUUUUCCAUGGAGGAAAACUGGAUGUCGGAUUUGACGGUUCCAGUAAUCAUAACGGCGAUGGUAAACUUAAUGCCACCGUUGAUUUCUUGGUCUGUGAAAUUUGAAAACUACAAACGAAAGAGAAGUAUUUAUUGGAUGAAAAUGAUUCGAGGCUACGUAAUCCUUGGCGUAGCACUGGGCACUGUGCCAACCUUCUGGCUCGAACGAAGUUCUGGUUGUUGGCAAAAUCGACUUGCUCAACAGAUCUAUCAUCUAAUGUUGCUCGACUUGGUUCUGACUCUGCCACUUGGUCUGCUGAUACGCUACGCCAAAAAACGAUGGCUGCUCGGCUCUGGUGGCUUCAACGACGUGCACGAGAGCCUCAUUCUCAUUUACCUUCAAUGUCUUUGCUGGCUGGGUCAGUACUUCAGCCCUCCGCUGGGCUUGUUGCUGUUUCUUCGACUGCUUUUGACGUUUUACCUCAAAAGGUUCGAAUUGUUUCGGUAUUGCAAGCCUCCAAAUCACUACUGGCGCGCCGCCGAGGCUCAGACGACUCUUUUGGCUCUCAUUUUCAUCGGUAACUCUAUCAUCCUCGGAAUGCUUUUUUAUGUACUGGCUUACGUUGACACGAGCACUUGUGGUCCGUUUGCUGGGACAACUUACACAGGAGAAUUUAUUAUUGAGCGACUGUUACUAAUACCGAGAGACUCUGUAAUUUGGAACGUUAUUAGUGAGAUGACUAGUCCUGUCGUUAGUACGGCUGUACUUAUUUCCAUGUGCCUAGCCGUCUAUUACAUGAGAGCUAAAGCUGAGGCUUCAAAGUUGAUGAUUAGCGUAGAGCGAGAAAUGCUGAUGUGGCAAGCCCGAGACAAAAAGUUUUUGCUUGCUUGGUCCAGGUCACCGCUUCUUGGAAACGAAAUGCGUAAUCGUCGUUACAAUUUAGAAACCGAAUCGACUUGCAGAAGUCACGAUAGGAGUGGUGAAUUGGAUCAAAGUAAUCCGUCAAAUCAUAGUUUUAGCUCUCAAUAUGACACAGCAUAGCCUCUUAAACUUGUGAUUCAAUUGUAAUAAUUCGUAAUGGAAAUCUUGUGAUGAAGUAUUAUUAUUAAACUGAUAUUUUGAAUAGAUUUAUACAUUGACGCACAAGUGCGCUACGACGACUGAACUAUAAUUAUAAUAUUUUAUAAACUGUUGCUCAAGAUGAGCUUCUUUCAAAUUAAUGUUAUUUUUAUAAAAAUAAAUAAUAUUUACGAAAAAA